ACUCCACACAGAAAGGCCCUCGCCGGCCCCGGGGCUUGAACCCAGGACCUUCUUGCUGUGAGGCGACAGCGCUAACCACUACACCACCAUGCCGCCUUAAGCUGUCUUUUCUUCAACAUUCUUACUCUUUGCUGUUCCCUGUGAUUGAUUUGCCACCAUGAUGCACUCAAAGCUGAUCACAUUUGGGAAGAUGCUGGUGCGUAGGCGUGUGCUGGACACCACAGAUAUGGAGACUCGUUUUGCUCGCUGUCUGUCCACUCUGGACCUCAUUGCUCUGGGUGUUGGGGCCACAUUAGGGGCUGGAGUGUAUAUGCUAGCUGGAGAAGUGGCCCGGGACAAAGCUGGCCCAGCCAUCGUGAUUUGUUUCCUGAUUGCAGCUCUGUCCUCAAUGCUUGCUGGUCUGUGUUACGCUGAAUUUGGUGCACGUGUCCCCAAAACAGGCUCCGCCUACCUCUACAGCUAUGUGACAGUGGGUGAAAUUUGGGCGUUCAUCACUGGAUGGAACCUCAUUCUAUCCUACGUAAUAGGCACAGCCAGUGUGGCCCGAGCCUGGAGCUCCACUUUCGACAACCUGGUGCAUCAGAAGAUCUCGAACUUGUCAAAAGAAUACUUAACUAUUCCAUACACUGACAAUGUGCUGACAGAAUAUCCGGAUCUGUUUGCGCUUUUUCUUGUCAUCCUGCUUACUUGCCUACUGGCGCUUGGUGUGAGUGAGUCAGCCCUGGUGAACAAGAUCUUCACAUGCAUCAACCUGUUGGUUUUGGGUUUUGUCAUCAUUGCUGGCUUUGUGAAGGGCGACAUUGCCAACUGGAGCAUCACUAAGGAGGACUUCAAAAACAACAAUACCCCUCCAGUUUCUGAUGAAAAAGGCUUUGGAAUAGGGGGUUUUGCACCAUUUGGCAUUUCUGGGAUUUUAUCUGGUGCAGCCACUUGCUUCUAUGGUUUUGUGGGUUUUGACUGCAUUGCCACCACAAGUGAAGAAGCCAAAAACCCCCAGCGUUCAAUACCAAUAGCCAUAGUGGCUGCACUGCUUAUAUGCUUCAUUACUUACUUUGGAGUGUCUGCGUCUCUCACUCUGAUGAUGCCUUAUUACAUUCUAGACAAAGACAACCCAUUGCCUAAGGCCUUUGAAUAUGUGAACUGGAUGCCUGCUCGCUACACAGUGGCUGUAGGCUCCCUCUGCGCCCUUUCCACCAGUUUGUUGGGCUCUAUGUUCCCCAUGCCCCGUGUGAUCUUUGCCAUGGCUGAGGAUGGCCUGCUGUUCCGUUUCCUCUCCCGUAUCCACAAGAAAACGAAGACCCCCAUGCUUGCCACCAUUGUGUCCGGUUUUAUAGCAGCUCUGAUGGCCUUCUUCUUUGAGCUGAACGCCUUGAUGGAUCUGAUGUCCAUUGGGACCCUCCUGGCUUACACCCUUGUGGCAGUGUGCGUGCUGAUUCUCAGGUACCAGCCAGGCAGCCUGGAUUCCAGCACUGACAAAAGGCCAGUGGAGCUACAGACAUUGACAGAAAGGGAGAAUAUGAGCAAGCUCGAGAAAAAGCCGCUUAAUGAGUCGUUCUCCCCUAGACAUCUGCUGUUGCCCAGUUCUGAGUUACCCACCAAGACGUCAGGCCUCAUUGUCUAUGUCACCACAGCCAUUACCUGUGUGUUUUUCACUCUGCUGUGUAUAGUGCUGGCAGUGUGGGGUGCGAACAUCACAGAGGGGCAACCUAUAUGGGUCACUGUAGUGACUCUGCUCAGCAUCGCCUCCACCAUCUGCGUUGUCAUCAUCUGGAGACAGCCCCAGAGCAACGAGGCUGUUAGCUUCAAGGUGCCUAUGCUUCCUGUCUUGCCUUUGGUCAGUAUUUUUGUUAACAUCUACCUCAUGAUGCAGCUCAGUGGACCAACAUGGAUCCGUUUUGCAGUCUGGAUGCUUAUUGGUUUUUUGAUUUACUUUGGGUAUGGAGUCAGGAACAGUUCAGAAGCCAAACAGAAUUCGAAGGCUGUUCUGGAAGGAAAAGCAGCCGAUAUAUUCUUGUAAAAACAACAGUGAAGUUGAAGGAGGUGCAGCGUAAGAAGAACAAGUAAAAUAUAGUGUACAGUUUACAACGGGGUUUUUGAAACCUUUCACAUAUGCACAGUCUUUUGCUUUUUCACCUGCAGAUUGCCUUAUUUAUUGUAUAAAUGACCUGUUUCUCAUCUCAUCACCUGUAAUUAUGGUAUGCUGCAGUUUAAUUUUCAAGCUAACCAAAAACUGCAUCCUGAUUAGUGUCUGUGAUUUGCAUAUCGAUAUUUAUAAUAUGCGAUUUUAUAAUUCAACUCAGAUUUGAUGUAUUUUGGUUUGAACUGGAAAACAGUGAGUGAAGAAAGAUGUUCUCGUCUUUCGGAGCUAAGAGCAAAAUAUGACUAUCAUAUUAUUUAUUAUUAUAUAUAUUUUAUGAUAUUAUAUUAUUUUUUAUUUCUCCUGUUAAGUACCGUUGCAAUAGCAAAAUCCCUCUGUGAUGUCAGCAUGACGCACAGCCACUAAAUUCUCAUGGGAAUAACACAAAUACAGCACAAACCAACAAGUUAGCACCUGAAACACUCGGCACUACGCACAAGUAUUUUCAGUAUAGACAUAUUUAACAUAUUUUGGUGUGGAGUUUAAGCUUCUGAUCUAGCAGCAAUUGGAUAUUUCGGUGUGUUACAUUCUAAAAGCUAUUUAAUUCAUUACUGAAUUACAUCUGAUCAGUAUUUGGCCAGUGACGCACAAUAGCUGAGUUAUGGUUGGAGGCUCAUGGCCAUUUAUUUACUGAUAGGAAGGAUUGAUUUUCAUGUUGUGUACGCUCAAACAUAGUGUAUAUAUUAUAUACACUAAACCAUGAGGUUUUCUGCAACUGUGUUAUAAAUUGGACCUUUUUCGUUUUUAAUGGACACAUGUCUCUCAGGAUGGUCUGUACAUUCAAGGAAGUUCAUAUAUAAUUGAUAGUGUAUUUGGAAACUUUAAAAAGUAUAAUGAAUUUUGUUUACAUAGAUUCCUCUAUAUUUUGUUUUAUUACACAAAUAUUUGUGUAUGUAGCCAUAUAAUAUUUAUAUAUGGGAAUGAAAUUUAAGUGUUUUAAUAUAAUUUAAUCGUGAGCCACCAUGUUAUUUUUAACAAACAGAAAUGUUUUAAUGUCUUAUGGAAUAACAGUAUGCAAAUGAUGUUAAGAAAAAAUAUUUUUGGUUAAACUGUUAAAAGGUUAUAAACGUUUAGAGAAGGACCAUGUAGUAUGGCAGUGUGAUUGUACGUGAAGAGAUAUUUGUGUAUUUUUACAGUAAAACAACUAAUUGUAGCGAGGAAUAUACACCCGGUCUGGUUCAGUCAUGGACGUUCUUUCUGGCAGUGUGUCGUUUUAGCCACCAUCUUGGAAACAUAUUUUACAUUACAUUGUCAAGGCUAUUUUCUAUAAGUGGGGGGUUUGGGGUUUUAGGAUCACUUUAAAAUCCACAGUGGACCAUGAUUAAUGAGAUGUUUUUCAUCAUUUGUGAAUCGUAAAACAUUUCAUUCGUUGCUGAAUGGACUAUUCAUUAGUCCUUUACUCGCUUCUGCAAAUAGUAAACAGUGGAUGUGUAAUGAUUACACAGUUGUUUUGUCUUAUAAUAGGAGCGAAUCUUUGUCGUGUAUAUUUGUUUUAUUGACUUGACUGUCUGAACAGAGAUUCUUAUUGGUUUGUUGGCUUCUUUGACUUUUAUUUGUUUGUUUGUUUGUUUGUUUGUUUGUUUGUUUGUUUGUUCCAAAGACAUUGUCACUUGUCUUUUUGUGUUUGUUUGUUUUAUUGUACAUGACCAAAGUACUACUGCAGCUUAGUAAUUGUUCUGUAAUUAAUG